CCUCUUUUCACAGUUGCUACGAGACGGGUGUAAACAGAACAGACCAGAAGGACGAAAGCAUGGCUUCGAGUUACUCUGCGAAUCAGUACGACAAUGCAUUCACAUCCCAGAAACUGCAGAACUGGACUUUACCCAGACAGCACAAACAGCAUCCCUCAGCUCUGGAAGGCCGCACCCAGUUCAUCACCAAUGACCGAGGUCAUCUCCUGCCAGGCAUGAGGUCAAAGAACAGUUCGUGGAGCUCAUUCCUGGGUACCUGGGACCUGCCUCGUCGUAUCCCCCCUCCCUGGGUGAACUACACUGCCCGCUCUGCAGAGGGCGCACAAAAGCUACAGAAGCUGGUGCAGGAGGGGUCUUCAGCCUACCUGCUGAGCAGAGACAAGAGCAGAGGGGGCACACCAGCAACACCAGUCCAACCAGCAGAUGAGCUGCCUCAGGCCCCCGCAGUGUCUCCCAGUCCUCAGAAGAUCACCCCGACUCCUAGACCCACCACCCAGGAGCAGGGAGGCUCUGCCCGAGCACACACAGCACCCGAGGCCCUCGCUUCAGAGAAGCAUGCUUCUGAAGACAAAUAAACUAUUAACACAGUAAAUGAUCAUCAC